AGACACACUAGCCAAGCCAAGUAGCCAUACCAUAAACUCAGCACGACCACAAAAAGAAGCCCUCCAACUUAUACUGUAUUUCUUUUCCUAUUUGUCAAAUCUAAAACCCCCCCUCCCCCAUCCAAUUCUCUCUCUUCCCUUCACUUUCUUCUCCAAACCCCCCAUUAAUUUAUUCCCUCCUCCUCCCUUAGGAUCUACAACCCAAAAAAACAAUAAUAUAGACACAUACAUACAUAUAUACACACCCAUCAUGUGGCAGGUGUUCGCACUUAUUCGCCCCACCCUCCACAACUUCACUAACAGCCACCGCAUUGCUGAUGAGAGUAUGUUCACUUCAACUGAUCAAUUCCCAAUUUACGCUGCCGCCAACAACCGUCGAACCUUCUCCUCCUCCAUCUUCAACAUCAUUCGUGCUCCUUUCUCUAUUCUCUCUUGCUUCGCUCCACCCGCCGUUCACCGCUCCCCCGACGCCUUCUGGCUCUCCGGUGACCACUAUUUUGCCUCCACUAUUUCUGAGAUCAACCACCUUAUGGUAAGCGAUGGCAUGCGUUACGCCAUAUUGAUGUAAAAGCUCUAAAACUAAUCUUACCAAGCACACAUAUAUAUGUAUUAGAAGUACUUUAGCUUUUAUUUUGGUGGUAACCUGAUGAAUAAUCACUUGGGUUUUUGUUUUUGUUUGUCUCUUUUUUGGUUAAAUUUGAUUUAGCGUAUUAUGUUUCUAAUUUGUUACCAGUCCCAUAAUCAAAUUAAAUUUAUAUAUAAGAAAAAAAAGUUACUCUUUUCCCAAGAA